AUGGAGCAAGGUCAAAGAUUGGUGGAGACAAUGAAGCAAGAGCUCACGACGAUCAAAGUUAUUCUUCAUGGACAAGCAGGAUUGGAAGAACCAUGGGACACCAAACUUGCUCGAUUGGAAGCUUUGCUGGGGAUUAAUGCGCCAGAAAUGAGCAAGAUCAAGACAAGGAGGAGUAUGAAGAAAUCUCACCUAUGGAAAGUAUACUUUUUGAUACUUGUUGUAAAUAGUAUGAGGAUUUCGAUGAUGAGGAGGAGGAGGUAG